GUUGAGCUCCAGCUUCGAGUCGCACCGGAGUCGCGCGGAGAGACUUUUUUAACCAGAAAACCCCGGACACGGCGCGGACAGAGCGCGGACACGGCGCGGACACGGCGUGGACACAGCGUGGACUCAGUGGACACAGUGGACAUGCUCACGAGCGUCAGGGGCGGAUGUGCGCGCGGGCCCGGGCCGGUGUGACUGGACGUUUAUUCGUUGCACUUUUGUCUCGCGCGCUCCAGGACUCGGAGCUUUAACUGAGGGACCGCGCACGACUCCGCCACGCGCGACUCCGCCACGCACACGCCACGCACGGCUCGGCCCGGGCUGGACCAGGACACACCGCGCACGGAGGAGACACUGUGGCACGCGCCGGGACAUUUACAACAGAGACUCGGGUGUUUGGAGCCGCAGGAGCCGCAGGACAUGGACCCCGGGAGCCCCCGCGCCGCAGUGGAGCUGUGACUGAUGGAUGUUUGUAGGAUUUAUCUGUAGGAUUUAUCUGUAGGCUUUUGUUCAGGCUUUAAGCAGCAGGUCCAGGCUCCACCAGGGCAUCUGACACAAAGCGCGCGCGCGUGUCCACCGCGGAGAGAAGAAUCUGUGUCCGGCUCCAGGUCAUUUUACCUCCGCGCGGGUCAUCCAGGACACGGCGUCUGUCCCAGUUCAGCCAAGGACAGUGGUUCUGGCGCGCGCUCUGGUGCCACAGUAGGACAUGAGUUUGGUGUCGAGCUCUCCUGCUCCAGACUGAUCCAGACCCACGCUCCUCCUGAACCCCACACAGCUGCACGCGCGUCCGGACGCUUCGGUUUGUCCCCUCGGUGUCUCCAGGAUGGCGGGACCGUGCUCGUGGAAGUAUUACCUUUGGAUCUUUAUUUUGCUGUGCAGGUCCGCGUUACCUUCAGCCAAGUCUUUGGAGACGAUCAUCUGGAGCUCCCAGAAUCCAAAAUUUGUCGCUGGGAAAGGUUUGGUGAUUUACCCAGACAUCGGGGACAAACUGGACAUCAUCUGCCCCAAGGCGGACGCGGGGCGGGACUAUGAGUUCUACAAACUGUACCUGGUGAAGCAGGUGCAGGCGGAGAGCUGCAGCACCGUCCUGGACCCCAACGUCCUGGUCACCUGCAACAAACCGGAGAAGGACAUCAAGUUCACCAUCAAGUUUCAGGAGUUCAGCCCCAACUACAUGGGCCUGGAGUUUAAGAGGAAUGUCAACUAUUACAUCACCUCUACAUCCAACGGCACGGUGGAGGGUCUGGAGAACCGCGAGGGAGGCGUGUGCAAGAGCCGAGCCAUGAAAGUCAUCAUGAAAGUCGGGCAAGUCCCAAACGCAAAUCCGGCGGCGCCCGAGACCCCGAAAUCAGACGUGGACAACAACGCCAUCCCCGAGUCCAGUCCCAGCCCAUCUGACCACAACCGGAUCAACCCGGUGCUGCCAGGAAACCACGAUCACAUGAACCAGGACCAGUCCAACACGCCGUCCAACACCGACGGGAUCCUGGGCUCCAAAGUGGCCGUGUUCUCCGCCAUCGCCGCCGGCUGCAUCAUCUUCCUCGUCCUCAUCCUCCUCCUGGUCAUCCUCCUCAUCAAAAUGCGCAAACGUGCUCGGAAGAACUCGCACUCGCAGCCCCGCCCCUCCGCCCUGUCCCUCAGCACGCUGUCCAACCCCAAGCUCCCGGGGGGCACGGCCGGGACCGAGCCCAGCGACAUCAUCAUCCCCCUGCGGACAGAAAACAACUACUGCCCUCACUACGAGAAAGUGAGCGGCGAUUACGGCCAUCCGGUUUACAUCGUCCAGGAGAUGCCCCCGCAAAGCCCCGCCAACAUUUACUACAAAGUCUGACCUUUGCACCCUCUGCUUCGUUUUGUGUCCUCAGUACAAAUACAUAAAGGAGCGCUUGGUUUUCAGAUGUUCAAGAACACUCUUCUGCAUUCAGGGGGACGUUUGUUUUGUACCACCUGCUGCACAAAUCUGGAGAGACACGCACUGGCCGGUCACCAGCGGGGUCUGAAAUCUCUGUUUGUUUGGAUACGUCUGAGAAUCCCGAGCCCCCUCCUCCCUCCUCCUCUUCCUCCCGUCGUAAUCCUCUCCAGCCUUCCCCUCACGUGUCCCCGCCCGGCCGCCGUACACGGGGGUUUGGAUAGAAGCGGACCUACACGCGUGGACACUGUUGCGGUCACCUCUUCUUUUUCCCUGUGGUGUGACGCUGGAAAACGGGCCCAGACAUCUGGCCCGUGAGUGUGACGUGUCGGGUUUAUACGCGGCGAGCUCGUACUAGCGUGAGUGUUAGCGUCUCCAGAUAGCUCAGGUAUAACACACAGAUCCUAAAGCCCCAAUCGCACCUCUGAUCUUUGCCUUACUAUUUUUGAUGGAGGAUUUCCCUGAUUCAGUUCACAAAGCAGUUGUAUUUUGUUACUUUUUCCUACAAGUGCACAAUGUAUAGAAAAUAUCACUCAAAAAACAUGUAACGCAUUCAUCCUUUCAUCCAUCCGUUCAUCGUCGCUCAUUUAAUCCAUCACAGAGAGACUACCUAUACCUGGACUUUAACGUUAAGGUGUUCAGCGCUCGCCUCCUUCAGCCUGGUGACCUACUUCUGUGACAGCGUCUCCUUUCGAGAGCGUCGUGGACGGGCAAGUCCAGGCCAAUUCUUCAUUACUGUUUCCAAAUCGACAAAAACAGGAAAGACAAUCCGACGCGGCGAGAGACAGACACGAUCUGAGCCCAAAUCCUCUCGUUGGCAGUUCUAAAAAGUUUAUCAGCGAGACGGCGGGUUGGGGCCAUUCAGCUUGUGUUAAUUUGUUUGUUUUAGCUUCUAGCGCUACAGUGUAAACAUCCGACGCUUAGUUUAUAGCUCGCUGCGCAGACUCAGUGGGCGUAGGUUGAAUUCCCACAGACUAUUGGCUGAAGUUAUCCUGUCCCUGCAAACGCGAAGUUGGACGAGACGAGGAAACUGUAGUGUCUGUUGCCAGUUGCCAUCUGUACUCGUCUAAUGAGUAAUCCACGCGCUCGCACGCUGCCCACUCCGAGCAGCAGAGUCUAACAAAACGGGACAGAAUCUCUUCCUACGACUUAACCUUCGAGGGAGGUGGCAGUCGCAAUGGGGAUUGAGGGUUAGAAAAGGCUAGAGUUGGAGGUGAGAUUGGUUGGAGGUAUUUUAGCAUUCAUUUUCCCCGGCCUCCUGUGCGCUGAAUAAAAAAUGCGGCGGCUGAGGGAGGACAGUCCGUUAGCUUCACUCAGCCCUUGGGCUUUGCAGGAUGUGGAGCUGCAGCCACCACCAUUUUACACUUAAAAUGAUGGUGUUUUUUUCUUGUAGCACACUUCAUUAGGGAGGUCACUACACACACACAAUGGAUAAAAUCGAAUCUAAUGAGCUACUUGUAGUUAGCGGCGCAUCUUAAUCUCACGUUUUCAUUUGCUGAUAACUGGAAUUUAUGGCUUCAGUUUGUCCGGGCUUGGGACUCGCACAACAAACACUUAUCUUCUUCUUCUUCUUCUUCUUCUUCUUGUUGUUCUAAACGUUUGUAGCAAAAAAUUCCAGCUCAUCCCAGUUUGCAUGUGCUUUUAAAAACCCCAAAUCAGCCGUCUCCUCCUGCCUCGCUCCUGUACAUCUGUGUGAACCCACAUUUCAGAUUGGACCUGAUCCAAGAUGGCUGUUUGGAGAAGUUUUUCACAUAUUUUUCGCUCCGAUUUGCCCUUUUCUCGCUCGACAUUAAUAUGUAUGUGUGAAUGUGCGUCGUAGCCUUUUUUGCGACGGAGCACGAGUCUUGUUUUCCCGGACUAAAGAGGAACUCGCUUUUGCUGCUCCGAAAUAGUGCGGCUGCCAAAUCCGAGCGCGGCACCGUCUCAGUUAAUGAUGUGUGAGGAGAGGGAGGCAGAUAAGGACAGCGAUUCCUCAAAUACAACUAUAGUCUGACACUUUUGCAUCGCCACAAAAUGCACCACGACCGACGAGCCAAGACCCAUCCUCCGUCACGUUUAUUCAGCCCUAGAGACGCGUCGUCAUGUGCGAUGCCACUCUCGAUCCGCAGAGGUUGAAGCGGCGGCCUCUUUUUUUCGUGGGGUGGGGGGGACUUAAGACUUUUGCGUGUCGUUAACCCGGGAGCUAACGGCUUGUGCAGCUGUUUGCGCUCUCUCUCUUUAUACAAGCCCCGCGUUUCCAGCUCCUCUGUGAAACAAAUCUAGAUCAAAUGUUUUUGUUUCGGAUCGCCGCGCCAGUCACCAACACCAGCCAAGGGAGUCAUUACCACAUCACCACCGCCGCCACCGCCAUCAUGCUCCUCCCACUUUCCAUUCAUCCUAGUGACCACUUAUUAACGUUAUUCGAAUUUGAGUUCAAAAUAAUGUAAAUAUAUGAAUAGAGCCCGAUUUUAAAGAUGUACUUUCACCUGAACACUGCUCAAAAGAAAAUUUAAAAGAUUAGAUUUUUGUAAUGGCGGAUGUUUGUAAAUAGCUGUCUUUUUAAUAAGUGUGUUUUGUAUGAAUCCUUGCAUUUUGUCUCUGUUUGCAAUAUGUUUUCUUUAUUUUUCUUUUAGAGUUAAAUUGUAUAUUGCAAUCGACACAUUGUCUUUUUGCAGCGUCCAGUAUUGUCAGAGUCUUUGUUACCACAUGUGUUAAACAAACUGGGGUCAUUUUUGGUUUUGUUUCACUUUUCAACAGGAGAAAUGUCCAGGACUAAAACUUUGAAACAUCUUUAGAAAUGAACAGAGUGUCACUUUGAAGCGUUUGAAGCGGCGUAAUCCACCGCCGUUACAAACGUGUGAGUGUUUAGGGCGGAGGCGGAGCGCAGAGGGAAGAAGCCGCCAUGUUGGAUUUGACUUAACAAAGCCGUGUCAUAAAUCAUGUUUUUCUUUGGUUGUAUCUGCGGCGGUUCUUUUGUCUUCUUCCCGCUUCGUUCUCGCCUCUGUUUUAGUUUCGGGGGACGUCCCGGGCCGUCCUCGCCGUAACGCUCAAAGCCUCUGUCUGAUAUUUGGAUCUGCAUGUGGAAACUAAACCUGUUGAAUUCGUUCCCUUUGUUUUUGAAUCAUUACUGUCAGUUUUGUUCUUUUAUUUUUGCCAUUCACAUCUUCGCAGCUUCCCAGCGUAACCUGGCACCAGCUACAAUGGAAAUACUGUUCCACCAGUUUGGAAACUACGGCAUAUUGAUAAAUAAAAUUUUUCCCAUGGAGCUUG